AUGGGCUGGUUCUGGGGAGGGAGGAGCAACCAAGAUGAUCCCGCAAAAGCCCUCGACGACGACUUGAAGCAAUUCUUGAAAGCACAACAGCCCCGUCCAUACGUGCCCGCCGAAGCUCCUUUGGAACCAUCAGAGCCUGCAGAAAAGCCCAAUCCUGCCAUCAAGCCGCCCGAACGGACCCUUCCAGAUGCAGCGCAGCCUCCCAAGGACAAUCCUUUGCCAAAAGAAUCGCUUUUUCAAGAUGGCCGAUACAAACAUAUCUGGAAGACCUACAUUCCUCAGGAUGAGAUCAUUGCAGCUACGUCGACGCCUGUGGAAAGAGUGCUUUCGGCACGAAAAGACCGAAAUCAGUCUAUACACAAAGCUGCGCUGGAGAACUGCGCGUUCGAAGAGGAGAUGCAACAAAUCUGCUUCAAGGGCGGCAAUGUGGCAGACCGAUUACGUGGUAGGAUGACUAUGUGCCAUGAGGAGACAAAGGCCUUCAACCGCUGCUAUACAUUGCAAGCCAAAUUCCUGCAAGCUUUGGGAUACAUGACGAGCGCGACCAGUUCUGUGGAGGACGAGGAAAAGAUCCAGAUGCACGCUGACAAGCUGUAUCACAGGAUGAUGGACUAUGAGGCCGAGGUUGAUGAGGCCAAACGCAACAAUCAGCCCAUUCCGCCUCUCUCGUCGCUAUUCAACCCCAAUCGACCUGCUCCAACACUGGAGCAAAUGGCUCUACCUAAAGCGAUGGAGGAUAAGAUGAAAAAGCCGUUGCACGAAUAUCCGCCUCACGAGCGAGAGCUAGCGGCAAGGGCAGCCUUGCAAGAAGCAAAGCUGACAGACUUGUAUGCCGAAGAUCUUUUCAAGUACAGCGUCACAAUGAACGAGGACCGGAAAAAUCGACAAGUCUUUCUUACGAGAGUAUUUGGUGAAGUUAUUGGGAAAUUCCUGAUUCCUGAUCCCCCCAAGGAUCCGAACAUCAAGCCUUACAGUAUAGAACAGCUGGAGCGGGAUAUUUGGCGAGAAGAUGAUUCAUUGUCGCCAUCACCGCAAGCGCAAAAUCAGAAACCAACUGGGUCAAGAAACCGAGGUUGA